GAUGUAACACAACGAGAACGAAAUAAAUAUUGGGUAAUAGUGGACCGAACAUAUCUACCGAAGUUCAACGAAAGUUGGUGUGUCAAGGCUGAAUUAAUAAAAGGAUGGUGGAGUACACGUGUAGAGCUUAGGUACUUUAGACCCUUGCUUGGUGAAACUGGAUGUGAGGAUCAAAGAUACGGAGUUGUGUGCCAGUACGAACCACUAAACGCCACCAGUUGUCGUAAACUGGAGGCUCCGAGAUUCGGUUACAUUUCGGGACAAAGCAGAACGGUGGGCAGUAGAGUUGUUCUUGGAUGUACUCCGGGCUACGUUGCUACACUGGCUAUUGGAGGUUCCGACCAAACUGCUUUCGUUAGACAAUGUCUACCGAGUGGCGCUUGGAGUGGUUCCUCACCUGGAUGUAAACUUGCGCCAGAGACUACCCCAGGAUCAACGCUGGUUACCACAGCAACAACACCACAAA